AUUGACGCGCGCUUCAUGUUUGUACACAACGUUAUAUGAGCGUCGAGUAGUUUUACUAGGGGAGAAUUAUUCUUUAAAGUUUAAGUAAGAUUUACAUAAAUCUUUGUGAUAUUUGCAACCUACCAUUCAAAGCGACGGCUUUGAUUUAUUGCGUAACAAGUGUAAAUCUAGUUUGCAAAGUCCCAAAGUGCACUCUUUGUAAACAUGCUGCUGCACAGGAAGAUUUGAUUGGGACAUUUAGAAAAGUGUGCAGUGAUGCUGCAGGAUCCAGCAGGCGUUUUUGUUUUGUUGGUGUGAUAGAAGAGCUGCAAUACUGAAGCAAAUAGCAGCAUGAUGCAUUGAAGGAAAGCUAAUGCAAGUACACGUCUGCUCGGCACAGACAAACUAGAGAUUUGGUUGCUAUACGUUUCUUUCCGGUUGCCAAACACUCAUGUACUGUAUUUUCUACUUCGUGGGCUAGAAGUCUCACCUCGUCUAUCAUGGAAUCGAACGAGUUGCUUGUGAAGAGGGAUAAAAUCCAGAGGGAGAUUUUGGCUCUUGAGAGUACUCUGGGUGCAGAAAGCAGAAUCAUAGACCUACUGUCAUCUGACAGCAGCAGUGACGAUGAUGAAUCUGAUUACAGUGGACCUGAAGUUGAAGGAGUGGAGCGCGAUGACUUGGAAGCAAAGCGUUUGCGGAUACAGCGGGAGAUUGAAGAGUUAGAGAAUACACUUGGUGCUAAUGCAGCACUGGUCGAUGUAUUGGAUGAGAGGGAACAUGACUCUGAUUCUAGUGAUGAAGACAGUGAUGAUGAUGAGUUGGAUCUUCCUCAAAAUGUGGAGACUUGCUUGCAAAUGAAUUUAGUCUAUCAGGAGGUGUUGAAAGAGAAACUAGCUGAGCUGGAAAAACUCCUCAAUGAGAAUCAACAGCAGCAGAAAGAGAUUGAGGCCCAGAUCUCUGGCCCAAGCACUUCUAGCUCCUCCGUACCAGGAAUUCCCCCUCAGAAACUAUUUCUUGGAUACUUCAUGAAGCCUUACUUCAAAGACAAACUCACUGGUCUGGGCCCUCCAGCAAAUGAAGAAACUAAAGCGAGACUGAGUCAUGAUUCCAGAACCAUUGAUGAAAUAAAAAGAUGGGACGGUUGGCAGAAAACUUUGCUGACUGACGCAGUCGCCAAAGACACCAUGAAACGGAUGCUACAACCCAAACUAUCCAAGCUGGACUAUCUGAGUGCCAAGAUGUCUAGAGCUGAUGAUGAGGGAAAAGAAGAAUUGAAAAAACAAAACGAUUUAAUCGAGAAAGAAAUUGCAGAAAUAAGUGCCCUGAGAGACGAUCAGCUGCUGGGUAAUCGCCAUGACGAUCAUGACUGGGAGAAAAUAUCAAAUAUUGACUUUGAAGGUUUGCGACAGGCUGAGGAUUUGAAAAGGUUCUGGCAGAACUAUUUGCACCCCUCCAUUAACAAGUCAGUAUGGAAACAGGAUGAGAUUGAUGAACUGAAAAGAAUUGUGGAAGAGUACAAUUGCUGCCAUUGGGACAAAAUCGCAGAGGCUCUUGGGACAAAUAGAACGGCUUUCAUGUGCUUCCAGACUUACCAGCGCUACAUUUCAAAGACCUUCAGAAGGAAAGAGUGGACAAAAGAGGAAGAUGAGAUCCUCAGAAAACUUGUUGAAAAAAUGAAAAUUGGCAACUUCAUUCCUUACAUACAGAUGUCAUACUUCAUGGAGGGCCGUGAUGGAUCACAGCUGGCAUAUCGCUGGACAUCCGUUUUGGAUCCCUCUAUAAAGAAAGGCCCCUGGUCCAAAGAGGAGGACCAGUUGUUGCGGAAUGCUGUCGCAAAAUAUGGCACCAAAGAAUGGGGGAAAAUCAGAUUGGAAGUCCCAGGCAGGACUGACGGUGCUUGUCGUGACAGGUAUUUGGAUUGUCUUCAGCAGAAUGUGAAAAAGGGUCCUUGGAGCAAAGAGGAGGUGGAACUACUAAAAGAAAAGGUUGCAAAAUAUGGUGUUGGCAAGUGGACUAAGAUUGCCUCAGAGAUCCCAAACCGGGUUGACUGCCAGUGCCUAAACAAGUGGAAAUUACUAACACAAGCUAGUAAGAGUAAAGCAUGUCAGGGUAAAGGCAAAAAAAGACAAAGGAAGCCAACAACAGUGCCACGAAAAAGAAAAAGACAAAAAGCAUUGAAAACUAUUAAAGAGGAGAUACUCACAUCCAGCGAGGACGAAAAACAUAUAAAGUAUAUGGACAGUGAUGUUGAAACAGAUGUUCCCUUAGUCAAAGUUCGGGAAAUACCACGAAAGGACUACGUACAGCCAGAUAUGAAGGCAUGGAUACCUGUAAAUGCAAACACAGGGGUUCAUUCUCUACAAACUGUCAGGACUGUGUGGGUCCAUCCUCCCUCCAAUGAGGAGGAGCUAGAGAAAUCCACUCUAGAAUCUGGCUCAGGCCGCAUUCCAUCAAAGAACAGCAAAUGUCCAAAAGUCACGCUCGCUUUAGUGCGCAAUACCAUCCUGAACCGCUUUGGAAACGUGGAAAGAACUUAUGUAGGUUUGAAACCUACCGUCUUGCAGAGUCAGACUGACGAUGAGAAGGCCAUGCUCAAGGUGUCUGUGAGUGAUAUUAAACAUUUCCUGCAGUGGAAGGGAGCAUCUGUAGUUAAGAAGGAGAAAAUGACAAGUCCAAAAAAUAUUAAGAAAAGAAGGUCGGUUCAGGACAUGGCCAGCCUUAAUAAUGACCUCUUUAAAGCCAUCACCCCAUGGAUUGGUAAUGUGAUCCUGCCUGCUCCAGUGAAUAAAAACACAUUUUGUGAAGGUGAUAUUGUUGGAAUGAAAGCAGAAGACAUCGCUCUUCCAAAAACAUCAGUGUUUUCGUUUUUCCUCAAAGCUUUUCAAAUAGAUGUCAAGGGUUGCAGGAAUGUCAUUGAAAUUCAGCAAAUGAUCAACAUUAAGAAGCCAAUUGCUCAAUCUAAACCAAGAGCAGUGUCUGUGAUUCUUAAGGAUGCAAAACGGAAAGCUGAGCACAAGAAACCUGCAGAACCUCCUCAACAUCCACCUCCCCUGCAGCCGGUUCUUCUUAACCCUCUCCAACUGCCAGUCAGGCAGAUGACAACCCCUACUUUGAUUCAACCCAAAACUCUUGUCAUUACACAGCCAAACAAGCAGAGGGCAGUGCAGCCUUUACUAAUUAAGUCACCACCACAAGUUUUAUCACAGAUUCCUCUACCGCUAAUACAGCUGACAGCACCUGCACAACCUGUCAUGGCCUCAACCCCCAAAUCACCAAGUACAGAGGACUCAAACAGCAUCAGAUCUGCAAAACGCAUCCGCAAACCUACUGAGAAAGUCCAAGCCCUAAUGGAAGAAGCUAAAGCUAAAGGUAGUAAAAAAGAGUCACAGAAACUAAAUCAAGGCAAACAGAAUGUUGUUUUUCCAACUAUUACAUUGCAGAUGCAGGCAGUAAACUGGAUUUUUACGCCCACCAAGUUGGUACAAGUAACUGGUCCACUUUCUGCUAAUAUCCCAAGCAACCAGACACUAACUGUGCCAAAUAGUUCCACCCUGAAUAACAGUAUUAGUCCAUGCAUCUCAACUAAUCUAUACCCAGCAUCAUCUGCACUGGAUGUUGCUGCUUCCUCUGUUAGUCCUGCCCUUAUCCAUUCUUCAGUCUCAAAUGCCCCCAGAGAUACCCUAAAGACUUCCUCCUCUGUGAACAUUAGCCCCAAUGGCAUCCAGACACCUCUUUCACCUACUUCUACCUUAGUACAGAGCAAAAGUGUGCUACAUAGUGUUCAGAUGUUAUCCCCGACACCUAUCAAAGUGGACCAGAAAGGUUCACAUGUUGAAGCUACGAAGAACUCCUCAGACUUCACUUCUGAUGAAUCCAUUGUAAGGCAAUAUCAGAUAUCUACAUCAACUGGUUCCAGAGUAUCUCCUGCUGUUUUCAGUGUUCUUCCAGUUCCCUUGACUGUGCCACCUUUGGCUAGUUCACCAGUUGUAUUGAAGCCAACAAAUAAUGUUGCAGUGGCAAAGUCUCCUGGUGUUACUGAAAAUGGCUGCGUUCUUGUGAGAACUAAUCAGCUGCCAACCGUAAUCCAACAGAAAAGUUUGCCUGACACAAUAUUGAGCCCCCUUUCUGCUUCUAGUAGACCAAUUGCUUCUUCACCUCAGGUUGUAGUUCAGAUUGUGGCUUCAUCACCUCAGAUUGUGGCUUCAUCACCUCAGAUUGUGGCUUCAUCACCUCAGAUUGUGGCUUCAUCACCUCAGAUUGUGGCUUCAUCAUCUCAGAUUGUGACUCCAUCAACUCGCAUUGGAGCUCCAUCACCUCAGAUUAUGGCUCCAUCACCUCGGAUUAUGGCUCCAUCACCUCGGAUUGUGGCUCCAUCAACUCAGAUUGUGGCUCCAUCAGCUCGGGUUGUGGCUCCACCACCUCAGAUUGUGGCUCCAUCAACUCAGAUUGCGGCUCCAUCAACUCGGAUUGCGGCUCCAUCAGUUCAGAUUGCGGCUCCAUCAGUUCAGAUUGUUGCUCCAUCACCUCAGAUUAUGGCUCCAUUACUUCAGAUUGUGGCUCCACCACCACGGACUGUGGCUCCACCACCUCGGAUUAUGGCUCCAUCACCUCGUAUUAUGGCUCCAUCACCUCAGAUUGUGGCUCCAUCAGCUCGGGUUGUGGCUACAUCAGUUCAGUUUGUGGCUCCAUCACCUCAGAUUGUGGCUCCAUCAGCUCGGAUUGUGGCUUCAUCACCUCGGAUUGCAGCUUCAUCACCUCAAAUUGUGGCUCCAUCAGUUCAGAUUGUGGCUCCAUCACCUCACAUUAUGGCUCCAUCAGAUCGGAUUGGGACUCCAUCACCUCGGAUUAUGGCUCCAUCACCUCCAAUUAUGUCUCCAUCAUCUCCAAUUAUGGCUCCAUCACCUCCAAUUAUGUCUCCAUCACCUCAGAUUGGGGCUCCAUCACCUCGGAUUAUGGCUCCAUCACCUCGGAUUAUGGCUCCAUCACCUCGGAUUGUGGCUCCAUCACCUCAGAUUGUGGCUCCAUCACCUCAGAUUGUGGCUCCAUCACGGAUUAUGGCUCCAUCACCUCAAAUUAUGGCUCCAUCACCUCAGAUUGUGGCUCCAUCAACUCGGGUUGUGGCUCCACCACCUCAGAUUGCGGCACCAUCAGCUCGAAUUGCAACUCCAUCAGUUCAGAUUGUGGCUCCAUCAGCUCGGGUUGUGGCUCAACCACCUCAGAUUGCGGCUCCAUCAGCUCGAAUUGCAGCUCCAUCAGUUCAGAUUGUGGCUCCAUCAGCUCGGAUUGUGGCUCCAUCAGAAAUACCUCAAAUCAGAACAUUAAGUGAACCAUUGCUCCCUAUUCCUGAUAUUCCCUCUGAUGUUGUUAGCUUUAAUCCUCACUUGAUAUUCCCUGAGCAGUCACCUGAAGUAGAUGACUGGAUGAAUGGAAAAGGUGGAAUUCCACUACCUCAUUUAGAGAUGUCUUUGCCUUACCUUCCGCCAUCUGCCGCCAGCAUCAAAACACUGACUUCUUUGCUCAAAGUUAAACAAUCUCUGCUUGCAGCUGCAGUGAAUAUCUUGCCAGUUGAGUAUCAAAACUAUAGAGAGGAAGAAGCUCAAGUAGCUGCCAUCCGUAAAAUGAUUGCCGAAAGAUUUGCCUCAAAUCCAGCGUACCAGCUUUUGAAGGCUCGUUUCUUGUCGUGCUUUACUUUACCAGCCCUUUUGGCCACUAUAAACCCUUCUGUGAAAUAUGAGUUGCCCACAGAUAACAAUGGUGAUGAAGAUGAGGUCUUGAUAUUACAAGAUAAAGAUUAAAAAAAGGAUUCGGCCACCAGCUGCAGGGAUUGAGCUUAACACAAAUGAAAAUGAAGCAUCAGCAAAACAGUUCUCAGGAAUCAGUACAAAAAGACAAAGGAGUCGACAUUGAGUUACAUAAGAUUCAUCAUCUGAAUGAGUACCAGUAACUUCAGAUUUGGUACAGUUCACGAUUCCUGUAGAAAUGUGUACCACUAAAAAACAUAUUACAGUUAAAGGGACCAGUCAGAUAUCCAUUGCACUAAUUUUGUUUACUCCAUCCAUACGUUUUAAGAACAUUCAGUAUGUGUCCUGACAAUUUUUUGGAAAUAAAAUUAUAAAUAAACAAGACUCAGUAAGGUUGCACUGAGCUACUAUUAAAUUAUUAUAUACUUUCGUUACUGCUUUUUGAAUAUUCUGUAGAAAUGUUAAAUGUUUUGUCAUUGUUU